UUUUUUGCAGGGAUUGCUGGGAAGAAGAAGGAGGCUGUCGAGGUUGGGACUUUGGAGAGAGAGGUAUAGGCAGGGCCACUCUUAAAAGGAAUCAUCCUGAUCAGGACCAGCGCCCCCUUUUCUCACUUUAACGACACAGGCUGAAGCUCCUGUGUCAGAAAAUUCAACACGUCCACAUCUUCUCACAGUGACCUCAAAACCCAAACCAUGAUGAUGGAAGAGGACAUCAUCGAGGACAGGGCCAAGCUGAAGCAGGGCCUGGUCAAAGUGCUCGAAUGUGUGGCCACCAUAUCCUCAGCAGCAGCUGUGGUAAACCCCAUUUUUGGCGUGGCUGGUUCCCUGAUCCGGGUGGUGCUGCACCACGUGGAUGACGAGGACAUCCGCACCCUGAAACGUGAGUUCAGCUCAGUCCACCGAGGGCUGGACCAGCUGUCGCAGCAGAAUCGCAACAUGAUGAUGCAGAUCAAGAAGGAGACGCUGGACGGCCAGUACUGUCAGGUGGAGGAGAACCUGAAGAACCAGUUCAGAAAGUUCAUGGAGAUGGUGGAGGCACGGCCAGAGCACCGUGAGCGCAAGAAGGAUGACUUUGAAGAGAGCUAUGCCAAUGACUUGGGCGACCAGAACCUGCACACGCUCUAUGAUGGCGUGGUGGGUAAACGGAAGCUCUUCAGCAGGCCCAUCCUGGAGGUCUACCUGAAGUACUCGCAGGGCGACCGCUGCACCAUGGAGCGACUCUGCACGCGCCUCACCUACCUGUUCUGCAUCGGGCUCAUCGCCCUCAUGGGCUAUGCCGCCGUCAUCGGGGACGACGAAGAGAGUCUGAGCGAGGAGUGGGCCGAGAAGAUGGAGCAUGUGCAAGAGCAGAUGCAGGAGGCUCUUCGCAGGUGCAAGUGAAGCAGCAGCAUGGAGAAGAGCUUUUUUUUUCUCUACUGCUGCUGCUUCUUCAUUGUCAGGACUCACAGGUCCACAUUCCCGCUGUAACUCCUUGUCCUUCCUCUUAGCUUUUUCUCUCUAUACAAGCACUUUGUAAGCAUCUUGAGAACCCAGUGAUGAAAAAGAGCAUCAGUAAGUCUCAUUUUGAAAUCAUGUAAUUUGUCCAAACUUGCUGUACAUGCAAGUGGUCUUUGAGUAGUCUUUGUAUUGGCUUCACAUCACAAUGGGCUCAAAGUCAAAGACAAAUUAUUCAAGUUUUGUGAUAAAUCUGCAGAGUACUGUGACAGUUCCAACUGAUACAAAAACUUUGCAAUUAAUCAGCUGUGGAAUCAUUAAAAAUAAUCAUAAACCUACACUACGAGCUAAAUUCCGGGCAACGUAUGUACAUUUAAUGCCAUAUGCUCUGCCAGAUACCACAUCUAUAAAUCAGGCCUUAACAGAAAUAUUCCUGACUUUAGUGUGACACUGCAAUGUAUCAAAACCCAUAAUGCACUUUUGGAAAAUAUCUGACAAUUAGGCGUUUAUGUAGAUUUUGUGAAAUACAUGUAUUACACUACAAGGAAAAAGUACUUUGGAAUGAGAAUUUUUUCUGCACUAACCACUACAGGGCCUCUUAUGAAUUCUUUGAAAUUAGACAAGUCUAUAUCCUAUUCUUUUAUGUUAUGCCAUUGAUGUAAUAACUCCUAUUAUACAGACUUUUGGUUGCCAAACAGUCAAGUUACAACUAUAAUCAAUAACAUGAGGAAAAAAACGCAAGCUAAACCAGGCUAAACAAGGAACAAAUAUCCCAAAGAUUUCUGUGCUAUGAAUGUAACUACAGUGAUAUAAUGAUAUAAUCACUAUCAUCAUACAACAUACAAUCAUACUGUCAUGUGCAAAUUAACAUAAUGUGCCACAAACAUUAUAGGCUUCUUAUGCAUGGAGCUCAUGAUACACUAUGCAUACUUGUUGCUAAAUUUAAUCUUUUUUACACUAAUUUCAGAUGCUGCUGUGAUGAGUUCUUUUUUAUUUUACUUUACAUUUGGUGAAUAUUUUCAGGUAACAGUACAAAUUAGAUCAGCUGCAACACUACAUCUGGCAAAGUAACUACUUCACCACAGCUAGAUAUACACUAAAUAUAAAUUAAAUAUUCUGUAUGUGCUUCCAUUUUCACUACCCUUAAUUACAUUAAGUUUAUUUUAUUAAAAACUGAGGUGUUUGACUUUCAAAAUGUGGUAGUCAAGGAAGUUUAAAUGUCACUGUAGGAAUCAUUUCCCUUGUGCAAUUCUGUCCCCCAGUUAUUUUCUACUUUAUGUGUACUGCCUUGUUAGCAAUGCAGGAGGUACACCAAGUAUUUUGUAAUCCGUGGGUUUCUUUGGUGUAUGGUAAUUUAGAGCCUAUAAAACAUUUAAUGUCCUUUAUCAGAUGUAAUGUCCUUUUUUUUUUCAGUUAAGCUUCAAGAAAACACUUUUAGCUCUUUAUGCUCCUCAUCAUCUGACCAACAGUGCCUAAAUGGGCUAUUAGUUUUGGAUUAUUGCUUUUUCUUUAAGGGUUUUUGGCUAAAUCAUUUAAGUAUAUUAUUGUGCGAGGCAUUAUAUUUUGAAGGGUCUUUGUGCUACAGUUCAGAUUUAAGCGUGUAGCUUAAAAAAGUGUUUUCACUUUGUAUAUUGUUUUUAUAUUGUACUGACAAGCCCUUACUGCUCUCAUCCUUUCAAUACCUAACUCGGUGUUAAAACUGUCCAUGGCAGUGUGCCACAUCUCUUAUUGUUACAACUGAUUAAGUAUACGCUACAUAAAUAUAGUAAAAAUGCUGCUGAUGUGCAGGAAACUUAUAUGAACCUCUUAAGGCUUUUUUGAAAUGUCAUAUAUGUGAAUAUGUUGCCUUUUUUGUUAUGGAUGUUUGAUGCUUGGUUGUAUAUGCACCACUAUAAAUAAACAUGUGAAUAAUA